CCAAAUAAUUUCCCAAAACACAACCCAAGAAACUACACAUUUCCAGGGACAGUCACCGCAUUAUGUAAGUACAUGUGUCUCUCAGCGCAACUCCGCAAGCCCCAGCAGGCCAGCACGGCCCAACAUCACGGCCAGGAUGGUUACAGGUGAAUCUCGAAGUUGACGCAUGCGAAGGCGGAAGUGAAGAGAAGAAAUUUCUUUAACUAGGAACUGGGAAGCUCGUUCUGGGACACAAAGACAAAAGUUAAGCGGACAAAAAUGGAGGGGAAGACGGGGGAAGAAAUGGGUAAGACCUUGAUGACUGAGACAUGGCUGAGGAAGCACCGUUUGUUGUACGUUGGAGCUACUAGACACCCUUUCAUCCUCAGCAUUCGAGAUGGGAACAUUGAUCUUUCAUCUUUCAAAACAUGGCUGGGGCAGGAUUACGUAUUUGUUAGAGCGUUUGUGCCGUUUGCAGCAAGUGUGUUGAGUAAAGCUUGCAAGGGAUCAGAUAAUAGUAGUAAUGAUGUGGAAGUGAUGUUGGGAGGUAUGGCUGCUCUAAAUGAUGAGAUUGCAUGGUUCAAGAAAGAAGCUUCCAAGUGGGGCGUUCAGCUCUCUGAUAUUGUUCCUCAGAAGGCCAAUCAAAAUUACUGCCGAUUUCUUGAGAGCUUAAUGAGCCCAGAAGUUGAAUAUACUGUUGCAAUCACAGCUUUUUGGGCGAUUGAAGCUGUCUAUCAAGAGAGUUUUGCCCACUGCCUGGAAGAUGGCACUAAACCCCCCCCUGAGCUUCAGGAAACUUGCCAAAGAUGGGGCAAUGAAGGUUUUGGUCAGUACUGCAAUGCUCUCAGAAAAAUUGCCGAUAGACAGCUAGAGAAGGCUUCUGAUGAUGUGAUCACAAAAGCCGAAGUGACAUUCUUGCGUGUUCUUGAACAUGAGGUUGAUUUUUGGAAUAUAAGCCAUGGGGGAACCUGAACUUUAUGAACCUGAUAUGAUUUGAAUAGGUUGCCCUCUUUCCUCAUCUGAAGUGAAGGUGCCAACUAUGACUUUUCCUUAGCAUAGAAAAGCAUAGAAUUAGCUUGCUAAAUCUAUGAGAUUGCACAAUAUUAUAAACAGUAUAGCACUGGACAAAUAUGUUAAAACAGUGUCUGUAUUGUUUUAUGUUGUAUCUUCAAUGUGUUAAUCAAUCAAUAGUUUGCUAUCUUGUUCCUCA